AUGAAUGAGGAUAGAACUGAUUUACCAAAAAUUGGUCUUUUUGGAAGAUAUGUAACUACUGAUGGCUUAAGGAGGAUAGAGUCGUACAAUUAUAAUGGUGGUGGAGCAACUUACUGUGAUGAGUUCAUGAAUAUCUUUUGGGAUUACUUUGUAAAGAGUCUACCAGAAACUUUGCCACCUAACGGGCUAACAAUCCUUGGAUUUAUAUGCUCAUUCUUAUCAAUACUAAUAUUACUAGUUUAUAGCCCGUCUUUGGAUCAAAGACUAUUACUACCUUCUACCCUUGCCAUCGUUCUCCUUUUGUUUUUAUACCAGACAUUAGACGCAGCUGAUGGUAAACAAGCUCGUAGGCUAAAACUAAGUUCUCCUCUAGGACAAUUAUUAGAUCAUGGACUUGAUUCUUAUUCUACAAUUUUCCUUACGACUAUUGUAUGUGGUACUUGUUGCUGUGGAUGGAACUUUGCAACUUUCGCAUUAAUUUCUAUAGCUCAAUUAAAGAUGAUGAUAUAUAUGUGGCUUGAGUAUCACUGUCAUGUAUACCGGUGCUCUGCUUCUAAGUUCUUAGGAGUAACUGAAAGUCAAUUUUUUGUAAUGCUACUUUUGCUAUUUACCGUCUUUGACAACUAUAAUACUUUACAUAUGAUAAUAUUAUAUAAAGUUACUAUUUCUGAUAUAAUGCUAUUUUCAAUAGGAAUAUUUGGAAUAUUUACAAUUGCAUAUGAUAUUCUUUUGGGCAUAAGGGUAUGUCAAGAUCAACAAAGUAAGAAAGCUGCAUCCUUGGAAGUAUGUGGAGCUCUGUCACAUAUUGCAUUCCAAAUCCUUUUUUUUGCAUCAGGAGUCUUUAAUAUUUUACCUAUCUCCUCAUUUUAUGUAUUUGUUACAAGUAGUUCAAUAAUAGCAUUAAGAAUGAAUGUUUCUGCUUUUUCUAAGGAUCAACUUCCAUAUUUACACUGGCCAGUGCUACCCUUUUAUAUAGGAUCUAUACUACUGUUUUUCGGACCAGUUAUUUUUGAUAUGACAGCAAGUUCACCAAAGUCAGUGUUGUGCUUGAUAGCUAUCUGGAAUAGUUUGUACACUAUUGAUUUCUCAGUUACUACAAUAUCUGACAUAUGCACUCAUCUUGGAAUUAGUAUGUUCCAGACUUCAAAUGUGAACUCUGUAAAUAAAAGAAAAAAUGAUUUUGUGCAGAGUAAAGAUAUAACUAUCUCAAAUAUAUAUUCACAAAGCAGUAAUGAGGACAGUGAGUUUGAUAUAAGUAAACUUAAACUAAUGACAAAAAAGGGGUAUAUACAAGAUGAAAUCCCAUCUAGAGCAUAUUCUAUAUCAAGGUCUGCAAGACCAAAACUACAUAAUAGGAAGUAA